AUGUCGGCAAUAGCGACUAUCACAGACAUCGACACAGCCAUGCCUGCUCACGAACUUCCAGUGAAUGGCUCAGCGUCAGAAAAGCCAAAUAUCUCUGAGACUGAGGCGACAGGCAUCAAUGACAUCUCUCCCCAAGACACGAUUAAGGAGACCGAGCCUCCUCGGAAGCCAUCGAAAAUACGUUACACGGCGUCCUGUUACAAUCACAACGGUCAGAACUUUGACUACUCCCAGGAUGAGCCAUUUCCAUCCCAAGUUCCUCCACACGAUGAGAAAGCUAAGCCUGUAAUUGAGGUCGUCACCAACAUGAAUGUUGGGCUCAAGGGUGACAUAAAGCAACCCAUCGAAAGGAAUCACGAAAACGGUAUAAACAAGAAAGAAACAAUGAGCGACAAGGCCAUAAGAGGGAUUGGAAGUUCACGCAUCAUAGUUCAUUCCCCGUACUUGUCCGAGCUGAUCCGCGACGCCGUCGACUAUUAUCCUGGGCAAAAUCUGACUGGAGAGACCAUCACAAUCCACGAACCUUACGGAGUUCUGCUGCAUAACUGGGAGAAAUUGGGCCAGAUCUAUGCUUCUCGGGAGGAUUCCCCGGAGUUGGUCACGGAUGGUCAACAGACUAAACUUGAACACUUGGGCGUGUUGCUUGAAUAUUUGAAUCCAAUCGUCAAGAGCAAGCUCGAACCCAUGCAGAGACGGCUGGGACAGGACUCGCCCACAACUACUUGGGAUGACCUCUGGUAUCUACUACGACCCGGUACGCAAAGUUAUUGCAAGUGGGACCACCAGUGGAUAGGUUGCAUCGUCGAAGACGCCAAAAAAUGCGCCCCGGACGCAGAAGACAAUCUCCCAGAACGAUGGAAGGUGAAGAUAUGGUUCCUCGCGAUGCAUUGGUCUUACGGAACACUGGUCACUGUGACCAAUACUAUCGACAUUUCUAAGUUUGAAGGCGAGAAAAAGGUCGAACAUCUGGAUGUUUUUCCAGAGAAGUACUCCAAGGGCGAGCGGAAGAAGGAAUUCGAGAGUCGUGGUGAUCAGAUCUGUGACAUGCUCUGGAGGGGGUAUGAAUAUGCCCAUUACGAUGGCGAGUUGAUGAGCAAGAAGAGGAAAAAGUACAAGGGGAAGAUCAUUCUCAAUGCCUAUGGUGAUCAAAAUUACCCAACUUUUGAUGAAGACGAGUGGAGUUUCGAUUUGGUCUCGGAACCUGCACCUGACCAGGCAAGGCCAACUAACGGUCCUUCGGGUGUACUGCAGCCCCUAUGGCUUGAUCCCACGAAAGACUCGAGAGGUCCAGUGACAGCAGCUCACAAAUUUAUCACUUGCCCAGUUGUACCUGGCUUCACUCUUCCAGCGAAGACCUGGGUCUCGGCACAUGUGGGAAGCAUCCAAGACCUGGUACAGGAGGAAGUACCUGAAGCGAUCGUCAGUGGAGAGAAGCUGAAAAUUAUCAAGGCUCUAGCCGAACGCCAAUUGACUGCGAAGCCCUGGUCAGCAGACUACAUCAAGAACAAGGGUGAAGGAGUCGUCAUCCUUCUUCACGGGCCUCCUGGCGUGGGAAAAACUUACACAGUCGAAUCGAUUGCUAUGCGGAAGAGGCAGCCAUUGAUCAGCCUCACGAUAUCUGAUUUACGCACCCAAGAUGCGUCCGUAGAAGAGGAAUUGACUAGGUGGUUCAAGAUGGCCGACAAAUGGCGCGCCAUUCUUCUCAUAGACGAGUGUGACGUCUUCCUCGAGCGGCGCGAGAAGAAGGACAUUGAGCGCAACGCAAUCGUAUCGGCCUUCUUACGAAAGAUAGAGUACUUUGGAGGUCUUCUGUUUCUCACAACCAACAGAGUCGGCCACAUUGAUGACGCCUUCAUGUCUCGUGUCCACGCUGUUAUUGGUUUCGAUCCGCUGGAUGGUGCACGUCGUGAAAAGAUUUGGGAUAGUCUUCUUGCGAAGCUCAACCGCGAGCGAAAGGGGGCAAUUCGCAUCAGCAAUGGUGCUAAGAAAUUUUUGAAGACACCGGAGGUGCUUGAGUACACGGAUUGGAACGGUCGUGAGAUUCGCAACGCCUUUCAAACAGCCAUCGCGCUUGCCGAGUAUGAGGCUAAAGAUGCCUCGGACUACGACCAGACGCAGGAAAUCAUUGUGGAGGCCGAACACUUCAAAGACGUGAUGGCAAUGAAUAAAUCCUUCCGGUCCUAUCUGGACAGCAUCAAGGACUCCACUGAGGGGGAACGGGCGCAUUCAGCUGCGUGGAGGAACGACUCCUGGAACGCCGAAAGCAAAGGAAAUUAG